AUGGGCCGCCUUCUGAAGGUGGGGUACCCACCCAAGCCGCUCCUGGUGUCUGAUGGAGACGCGCUGGUGUUCCCCGCGCUGGUGACCAACGGCGACACCAUCACCGCCGAGCGAUCCGCGGAGCCACCCUCCCUGCCAGCCCCUCCAACGAGCGUACCCGCCACCACUCCACCACCAGCGGCCAGCACCGAAGCAGCUGCCUCGGCGCCUUCCACCGCUGCGCCACCGGUGUCACGACCAGUGCCGCCGCGAGACGAGCCUCCGCUGAACAGCGACGGCGUGCUCAUCCGACGCGUCAUCGCCGAUGACAACAGCUGCCUGUUCAACGCUGUCGGCCCCCUCUAA